AAGGUCUCUCAGAAACAUUCUCAGAGAAGCAGGAGAGACAUUCACAGUAACCAUGUCCGUCUCUCUGUUCACUGCCUUCACCGUUCUCUCACUCUGUUUACACACUUCAACAUCUGAGUUUCAGCUGUCCACCAUAUCAGCUGCACCUUCGUUCUUGCCUGAAGCUCCAUCGAGUUUCUCAGCUUCUACCCCGGCCAUGUCUCCAGAUACCUCUCCCCUGUUCCCUACUCCAGGUUCAAGCGAAAUGUCUCCUUCCCCGUCGGAAUCGUCUAUCAUGCCGACAAUCCCCUCAAGCCUUAGUCCACCAAACCCAGAUGCUGUCACUCCUGAUCCUCUGCUCGAAGUUUCUCCAGUUGGAUCUCCUCUUCCAGCUUCUUCCUCUGUUUGUUUGGUCUCAUCACAACUCUCAUCUCUGCUUCUUGUCCUACUCAUGUUGCUACUAGCUUUCUGCAGUUUCUUCUAGUAAUCAUAUAGAAACAGCGAGUAAGCAGCACUCUACACAAUAUCAUCAGCAGAAACCAAAUAUUCACAAAUGUAUUCUUUCUUACUCUCUGCUUCUUCUGAAUUUUUUUCAUGUAAUAUUAAUAUAGCUUCUUCUAGUGUUCGUUCGUGUGAGAUUUGCUCAUAAAGCACUCUGCAGUUUGGGCUAGUGCGCAGUUGUUGUACUUGGUAGCAGUGAUAGUGUGUGUUUUUUGUGCCUCAAAGUC